UACAUACAUAUAUACAUAUCUAGUUGCAAGCAAUGGAGAAAGGAACCGUAUGCGUAACAGGAGGCCGUGGGUACUUAGCGUCGUGGAUGAUCAAGACGUUGCUCGAAAAUGGAUAUUCAGUAAACGCCACUGUCAGAAUCGAUUCAGAUGUGAGCUACCUUACAAACUUACCGGGGGCAUCAGAGAGGCUUAAGAUUUUUGAUGCGGAUCUAAGCAAACCGGAGACCUUCAAGGCACCAAUCGAAGGUUGCAUUGGUGUAUUUCAUGUUGCACAUCCGAUUGAUUUUGAAUGUAAGGAACCUGAAGAAGUGCUAACUGAAAGAGCGGUCAAGGGUAGUUUGGGUAUUUUACAGGCAUGCAUCGAUUCAAAGACGGUAAAGAAAGUUGUGUUAACGUCUAGUGCAUCUGCUGUUUCGGUAAAUGGGAAGAAGUACACCGAGGUCUUAGAUGAGGAAUCUUGGAGCAACAUUGAUUUUAUUCGCAGUCAAUUUGAUGAAUUUUGGGCUUCGUAUUUCAUUUCCAAGACAAUGGUCGAGAAAGAAAUGCUAGAAUUCGGCGAGAAAAAUGGAUUGGAUGUUGUGACCAUCCUUCCAACUUAUAUUCAUGGUCCAUUUAUCGGCCCUCGUUGCCCUGGUUCUGUGUACAUCUUGAUGUCUAUGAUCUUUGGUGAUACUAGCCAGUACGAGAUGCUUAUGAAAACGGAUUGCGUACAUGUUGAUGAUGUGGUUAGGGCACACGUUCAUCUUUUUGAGUGCCCAGACGCAAAAGGAAGGUAUCUGUGUUCGAGAAUUGACUUCACAAUUGAGGAAAUGUACAGUUUUUUAUCAGUCAGAUAUCCAGAAUAUAAGAUGCCAGAUAUUGACUUUUUGAGGGAUGACGAGAAGAUGAAGAUUCCUUAUGUCUCGUCUCGGAAACUCGUGGAAACGGGAUUUCAGUUCAAGUACGGGCUUGAAGAAAUGUUUGACGAUGCAAUUGAAUGUUGUAAACGAAACAACAUAUUGUAGUAUGUAAGAAAAAGAUUUGGAUAUGAUAUAUGUUAUUAUUACUUUCUUUAUUAAUGCUGUUAACUAUCA